AAAGUAACAAUUAAAUUUUAUAAAUCAAUAAUUAAAUUUUGUAAAUUAAUAAUUAAAUUUUAGAAAUAUAUAUAUAUGUCGCAUAUCCUCAUGCGGGGGCUUGGUUGAGGGCAAUCCCCAACUCAAGUCUAGGCCUGGCCAUGUCUCCGCGUGAAUUUGUGACUUCAUUGCGUUUUCGUUUGGGAAUUCCGGUUUUUCCAGCACCCCCACACUCAGUCCGUUGUGUGUGCGGUCAUGAAUUGGACAUUUUUGGUGACCAUGCUCUUGGCUGUGGUCCUCUUCGGAUUAGGCGACAUGAUGUCUUAUGUGACGUCAUCUUCCACUGGUUGCUCUUAGACAACUCCAAUGUCCGUCGAGAACAACGCUGUUCCUCUCAUUCUAUGACCAGACCAGGUGACGUUUUCCAUCCCGACUUUUCCCUAGGCAAGGCUGCUUAUUUCGACAUUUCCGUGAGGAAUUCGUUCACUCUCUCUCACCUUAUUAACGCUGCCAUAAAAGCUGGUGCUGCUGCUGAGGCUGGGAAAGUGGACAAAGAUGAACGCCAUCUUGCUAACAUUUCAAGUUAUGGCUGUUUGUUCUACCCUCUUGUGGUGGGCUGCACAUAGUCUGGAGGUGUUGAGAUCAAUUGUAAAGAAGUCUCUUCUAUCAUCUGGCUUGUCUCUGGGCCAAGCUUCCAGGCAAUUUCACGAACAGUUAUCUGUUCGUUUAUGGCAGUAUAACUCAAGACUGAUUAGUGACUAUCUACCUAAUUAUUAUGACUUAGACUCUUUGUGCUUCCGUCCUUAGGGCGGAUAUGUGUUAUUUCUGU